AUGGGUUGCAUUUGCGGAAAGCCAGAUCUUGAAAUUGGAAUGCAACAGUAUCGGAUACUAAAACCUUUUGCUAAAGGAGGAUUCAGUCAGUUAUUUCUGGUGGAAGAAUAUAAAACUGGUCAUAAAUGGGCUUUAAAACGAAUUGAUUGUCAUUCAAAAACGGACAUUGAACGUGUACGGAAUGAAAUUGAUGUACAACAACGAUUCGGAAUGCAUCCGAACAUUUUAACACUUAAAUGUUUUACAGAUGACGAAAUUCCGCAUGGCAUUCGAUUUUCACUUAUCUUCACUUUUUACAAACGUGGUAGUCUUCAACAUGAACUUACAAAUCGUCGUCAAUGCUGUGAUUAUAUUACCGAAGAACGGGUGAUACGUCUGUUUCUACAAAUUAUUUCUGCUGUUAAAUUAAUGCACUCAUCUUCACCACCUAUUGCUCAUAGAGAUAUUAAACCAGCUAAUGUGUUGUUGUCAGACGAUGAUCGUCCGAUACUUAUGGAUUUUGGUAGUUGUUUCUCGUGUCCAAUAAUAAUUAAUGAUGGAAAAGAUUCAAGAAUGCAAUUGGCCAGUUUCUCUUAUCCUUUUGAUGAAGCUGGUGAAUUAUGUUCAAUGCCCUAUCGAGCUCCAGAACUUUUUGUUUGUGAAGUUGGUUCAAUAAUCGAUCAGUCUGUAGAUAUUUGGUCACUUGGUUGUCUUUUAUUUGCCUUAUGCUUCUUCCGUUCACCAUUUGAUGAUAUCUAUGAACGUGGUGAUAGCAUUGCACUUGCUGUUCAGUCAGGAAAAAUUACUUACAUUGAAAAUCAUCCAUAUAGUCAAAAAAUCUUAGAUGCAAUUCAUGCAAUGAUAGCUGUUGAUCCAAAGGAUCGAUCAAGUAUUGCAUCUAUUUGUGAGCUGUUGGAAGGAUUUUAG